AUGUACGAUCAGCUGAACGAUGCCUCUAUCAGCAACAGCCGACAGCUUGGCAGUUACAUCACACUUCUGCAAUGCUGGAUUUACGAGCACUUUACCUCAGUCGCUGACUCCACUGCUGAUCAGGAAUACGACGAGGAUUCCCCACGUGUGUGUAGGGAGCACCAACCGGUCCGGGACUUCCAUGUGAUAUCAUGUUAUUCCGGUCUCUUGCGCUGGGGGCCUGUUGUUGUUUAUUACCGACUAGAGAGGGUCGUGCGGCAGUUUGGAUACACGCAGACCAUUCCUGCUCCUCCUGUCGAUUCAUGGGUGUCGUAUGAUGAUAUACACGACAAGUGGAUGCACUACUCGGAUCAUAUCGUUUCAGCAGGCGAGGUGUGCACUGUGCCAGGUCAGUGUGCUAGUGACUACAUGGACUGGUUCUUCCACAUCUUGCAUCCUUUCAUGACACCAGGCCACGCAUCAGAUCCUCUUCCUGAUGGUCAUGCCCUGCAGCCCCGAGUCGUCCCUCAGGCCCCACAGACGGAUAUCUCUCACGUGCCGGAGCCAGGAGCUCCGUCGACAUCUGUGGAGGAGCCUAGACAUGCAGUGGAAGUUUGUGAUGAGAUUGCUGAGAGGUUGGAGUGCCAUCUGAGUCUAGGGGUGGUCACGCCAGGCUCAUCGACACAUGAGGUGAUCGAAGAAUGCCUCAGGAUGGCCAGGAGUGUGACACAAGAUCAUCUAGUAUAUGUUAGGUCUAGACGCAGGCGGCGCACAGAUCAGGCGUAG